GGGAAGUGGAUUGUGUAAGGUGGCUUGUUUUUGGGUAUAGAUGUCCCACCACUCUUGACUAUAAUUAAGCACCAAUUCACCAAACCUUGUAAAGUUGUAAGUCUCUCACCUCUUUCUCUCUCUCUCCUCUCCAACAUAUAUUCACAAUACACCAAGAAUCACACAGAAUUAUAGAAUCCUUCUUCCUCCCUCACUCCAUUUUGUUGUCCUUUUUUUAAAAAAAAUUAACCAAAACUUCAAAAGAAAAGAUGAAUAUUAGUCCUACAAUUAAACCAAGAUUAUUAUCCCAGUACAAUAAUAUCCUAAACUACACACGUGUCCUUCUCCUAUUUGUUCUCUUUUUGAGCUGGGUUUCCCGGCCCACUUACGCUUACAAAACAUUCGGGUUCGAACUCCACCACAGAUUCUCUGAUCCAGUUAACCGGAUUCUCGACGCCGGAGAUAACUUACCGGAUAAGGGGACUACCGGUUACUUCGCCGCCUUAGCUCACCGUGAUCUUGCCGUUCAUGGCCGCCGACUUUCAUCCUCCUCCGGCGAUUCUCACACUCCUCUUACCUUCUCCUCCGGCAACACUACUUAUCGCAUCAGCUUCUUUGGAUUCUUGCAUUAUGCAAAUGUGACGAUAGGGACACCGGGAUCAUCGUUUCUGGUGGCGUUAGACACUGGAAGUGACCUGUUUUGGUUACCUUGUGACUGUAUCAAGUGUGUCAAGGGAGUCAAAAUUAACUCUGAUGAGCUAGACUUCAGCAUUUACAGCCUCAAUACGUCGUCCUCGGGGACAAAAGUUCCUUGCAACAGUCCUCUGUGUGCACAUAAAACAACAUGUCCAGUUUCUCCCAGCAUGUGUCCCUACAGAGUCAUGUAUCUCUCUUCUAACACAUCUUCUUCUGGGUACUUAGUAGAGGAUGUUUUGCAUCUAACUGCCGAUGAUAAUCCUUCUAAGCCUAUUGGUGCAAAAAUUCCUUUCGGUUGCGGUAAAGUUGAGACUGGUUCAUUUUUGGACGGUGGAGCUCCCAAUGGUUUACUUGGGCUUGGUCUGGAUACUAUAUCAUUGCCUAGCAUGUUAUCUAGUCAGAAAAUUGCUGCAAAUUCUUUCUCCAUGUGUUUUGGAGAUGAUGGGUUGGGGAGAAUCACUUUUGGAGAUAAAGGCAGCUCGGAUCAAAGUGAAACACCUUUCAACCUUAGAAAGAUAAAUCCGCAUUACAAUGUUAGCAUAACACAGAUAAGCAUGGGAAAGAAAGUCUCUCAGGUCGAUGGUCUUUAUGCAAUUUUUGAUACCGGGACUUCAUUCACGUACCUAAAUGACCCAGUUUAUUCACUAAUUGCUGAAAAAUUUGAUGCCCACAUAAAAGAUAAGAGAGACACAUCUCAAUCUGACAUUCCUUUCGAGUACUGUUAUGAGUUAAGUUCAAGCCAAAGUGGCCCAAAUACCCCUCCCAUCAAUCUGAAAAUGGAUGGUGGAGACCAAUUCUCUGUUACUGAUCCUACAGUGACGGUUUCAGUUAUGACUGGAAACAUUUACUGCUUGGGAAUUGUCAAAAGUGAAGACGUAAAUAUCAUUGGCCAGAACUUCAUGACUGGCUAUCGUGUAGUAUUUGAUCGUGAAAGAAUGGUGUUGGGAUGGAAGGCAUCAAACUGUAGCGAAGCUCUGGAGUCAAGCAUGCUUCCAUUAAGUCCUGAGAGUCCCCAUCAAGUUCCUCCAAUAUCUUCCAUUGAACCUCAAGCCAUACAACAAAAUGGUUCUCAUAUAACCGGGGCAUCAUCAACUUCGAGACAUAACUUCUCUCAUUUUAAUCUCUGGACAAGCACACUCGUGUUGUCCAUCCUUCAAGUUUUAUCAAUUAUUUGGUAAAUUCAUUUCCCAUGAGAUUUCCUGAUAGUCUUAGAUUAUUACUGAUUGGUUCAUGCAUUAUAUUUGGAAGGGGUAGAUUACAUCUAAUUCGAGCCCGUCUGUCUUUUUCUAGCUGUAGUUUCAGUUUUGUUUAGCCUCUUAAUUAUUUUUGGUUGCGGCCUUUUUAUAGCCUGGUAUUGUGUAUAUAUAGAGUAUUUUAGCUACAGAAAUAACAUUGUAUAUCAUAAUAUGUAAUGUAUUAAUGUGCUAUUUUUUGCA